UCCAAUGAGAAUAAAAGGAAUCCACAAGUUCUCAUCUACAACAUGUAAUCACCACAACCAAUCAUGUAACCUUAAGAAACAUACAACAAAUGCCACAUGUCAUGUUUCAGUUAACUUUCAAAGAUUUCAUUGGAUGAGAUUCUAUCACACAAACUCAUCUAAAUGACACUUCUUUCUCAUUUUCUUAGUCCUCACAACACACAAAAUCUUCAAAGUUUUGAUUUUUAGUUCCUCAUCUUCACUAUCUCCACAAACCCAUUAUUUGUUUGCUCCAAUUAUGGCAGCAGAAAUGGCUCUUGUGAAACCCAUUUCAAAUUUCAGCAACAUCACACCAAAAUUCAACCCUAUCGGUAGAACAGUUUCAUACUCCAUAAGAAUGUCUGCUACCCCAACAUCAUCACCAACUUCAACAAAACCAAGCAAGAAACCCAACAAAACUGCAAUCAAAGAGACCCUUUUGACACCAAGGUUUUACACCACUGAUUUUGAUGAAAUGGAGACGCUUUUCAAUACUGAGAUUAACAAGAACCUUAAUGAGGAAGAGUUUCAAGCUUUGCUUCAGGAGUUCAAAACUGAUUACAAUCAGACUCAUUUUGUUAGGAACAAGGAGUUUAAGGAAGCUGCUGAUAAACUUGAUGGACCUCUUAGACAGAUCUUUGUGGAGUUUCUUGAGAGGUCUUGUACUGCUGAAUUCUCUGGUUUUCUUCUUUACAAAGAGCUUGGAAGGAGGCUUAAGAAAACCAACCCUGUGGUGGCUGAGAUUUUCUCUCUGAUGUCGAGGGAUGAAGCUAGGCAUGCAGGGUUUUUGAAUAAGGGUUUAUCUGAUUUCAAUUUGGCAUUGGACUUGGGAUUCUUGACAAAAGCUAGGAAGUACACUUUUUUCAAGCCUAAAUUUAUCUUCUAUGCUACAUAUUUGUCUGAGAAAAUAGGAUACUGGAGAUACAUAACCAUAUACAGACAUCUCAAGGAAAAUCCCGAGUACCAAUGUUAUCCGAUUUUUAAGUACUUUGAGAACUGGUGCCAGGAUGAGAACAGGCAUGGAGACUUCUUCUCUGCCUUGAUGAAAGCACAGCCACAAUUUCUUAAUGACUGGAAGGCCAAGCUGUGGUCACGAUUCUUCUGUCUAUCGGUUUAUGUCACAAUGUAUCUGAAUGAUUGCCAACGAACGGAUUUCUAUGAAGGAAUUGGACUUAACACUAAAGAAUUUGACAUGCAUGUCAUCAUUGAGACAAACCGAACAACUGCACGGAUUUUCCCAGCUGUUCUUGAUGUUGAGAAUCCAGAGUUUAAGAGAAAGUUGGACCGGAUGGUGGUUAUAAACCAGAAGAUUCUUGCUAUUGGUGAGAGUGAUGACAAUUCAGUGAUAAAGAACUUGAAGAGAGUUCCACUGAUUGCUGCCCUGGUGUCUGAACUCUUGGCUGCAUAUCUGAUGCCACCUAUUGAAUCAGGAUCUGUAGAUUUCGCAGACUUUGAACCAAAGCUUGUGUACUGAAGUUGUGUAUAAACUCCUUAUUUCAUUUUGAUCUAUAUUGUAAUGUUCAUCUUGACUGCUACUAGUACUGCUGCUACAAAACAUUGAGGGAUCCUUAUUAGUUUAAAUCAUAUUUUCUUAUUUUUGUUUCUCCUUUUUUUUCUUCUUCUUUAGAGACUCGUUAGAAAUGUUCACAUUAUGAGUCACUUAUCAUGAGAUGAUUCUUGCCU